GCCAGGUGCCUAGGUCCGAGCAAGUUCUCUUCAGGACUGCAGCAGCCUGGGGCGACCUGGAGCCGGGACCUCGGAGGAUUCCCGAGGAAAGGCGGAGCUAGAAACUCCUAAAACCACAUAAGACGUGGGACUUGUGAUAAUAUAUUCUACCCCAAGAUGACAGAAUCAAAGAAAGCUGUAGUUCAGAACUUUCAGGAGGAUGAAGGACUUUUGAUAGUGAAAAUAGAAGAGGAAGAUUUUGUCUGGAGGCAGGAUAUCUGCAUUCAGAGAAGUGAUCCUUUCAGGCAGGAGCUGUGCCGGCAACUUUUCAGACAGUUCUGCUACCAGGAGACACCUGGGCCCCGUGAGGCGCUGGGCCGGCUCCGGGAGCUGUGCCGCCAGUGGCUGCUGCCCGAGACCCACACCAAGGAGCAGAUCCUGGAGCUGCUGGUGCUGGAGCAGUUCCUGACCAUCCUGCCCGGGGAGCUGCAGGCCUGGGUGCGGGAGCAUUACCCAGAGAGUGGCGAGGAGGCGGUGGCCAUACUGGAAGAUUUGCAGAGAGGCACCGAAGAAGCAGUACACCAGGCUCCUGUCCAUGGACAUGGACGAGAAAUAUUUAGGAAAAAGGUAGCACCUUCUGGACCACUGCUUAGCGACCAGCUCCCGCCAGUGGACACCAAGGCUCUGCAUGGUUCUUCAGAACCCCAGCUCCUACUGGAAUGUGAUAACGAGAGUGAAAACAGUGGAUCCAUGUCAAAACUGGACAUGAAUGAAAAAAUGGAAUCACAGAGAAUUCUAUCAGGAAGAAUGACGUCAGAAGGGUCCACUGAGCCUCAAGAUACCUGUAAGUCUACAGGCAGGACAAAGAACCAGUGGGAAAAAGGACCAAGAAUGUCACAGAGACCACCAUCUGCUCAGGAUGGGGGUUUUAGUAAAAUCCUCACCCACAAAAAUACACUAACACAUGAAAUAAGUCACGAUGGAUGUGAAAGAAGCUUAAAUCUGAAUUCGAGUGAACUCAUACACCAGAAAUCCUACAAACACAAUGCCUGUGACCAAGGUUUCAAAUGGAAUUCAGAUUUUAUUAAACAUCAAAAAAUUUGUGAAGAAAAAAUUCACCAAUAUGCAAAAUCUGUCAAAAGCCCAAACCUUAUUAAAACUACAGCCAUCUUCAAUGGGGAGAAAACCCAUCAGUGUAAUGAAUGUGGGAAAGCUUUCAGACACAGCUCAAAGCUGAUUAGGCAUCAGAGAAUCCAUACUGGAGAGAGACCCUAUGAAUGUAAUGAAUGUGGGAAAGGCUUUGGGGGGAGCUCAGAUCUUGUUAGACACCAAAGAACUCACACUGGGGAGAGACCCUUCAAAUGCAAAGAAUGUGGGCGAGCAUUCAGCUUGAAUUCACAUCUUAUCCUGCAUAAGAGAAUUCACACCAGAGAGAAACCCUAUGAAUGCAGGGAGUGUGGGAAAACCUUCAGAGUGAGCUCACACCUUAUUCGACAUCUGAGAAUUCACACUGGAGAGAAGCCCUAUGAAUGCAGUGAGUGUGGGAGAGCCUUCAGUCAGAGCUCACACCUUAGUCAACAUCAGAGAAUUCACAAGAGGGAAAAUCUACUAAUGUAAAGAAAUAAAAGUCAUAUGAAGAUGUGAAAGGAAUAGCAAAGUGUGAAAAACACUAAAAAAAUAGAGGUGAGGUAAAUGACAGAAAGACCAGUGUCUCUUUUAUCUCCCUCUGUUCUCAGGCUGUUGUUUUGUGUACUGUCUUCAUCUAUGUGUAUCUGUGUGCACGUUCUAUGAAACUCAGAAGGUGCCUCUUCCAUUGCCUCCAAAGGGCAAACUUAAAAGAGCCAGAAUUUGGGGGAGGCUAAUAAGUAUGAUGAUGGAAAUAGGAAAAAUUGACUCUUAGGAAAUAGCCGUAACUACAGUAUGGGGAGAUGAUGAUGAUUCAGGUACAGAACUGAUCACAGCCCCAGGUAAUGAUGCUCCACAGAAGCAGAAUGGCUUGGCCAGUGCCACUGUUGUGAAGAAACAGUGUGGUGGAGAGCACAGCAGUGCUCCUCAGAAUACAUCACAAUUGACGACUAAUUGGUGAGUCACGUCACUGGUGGCGUUCCCUUCUCUGCACUGGUGCAUUCUAGUCUAUGAAUGAGACACAAAGGAAAGCAAACACACACGAAAAGGUAACAAAGCAUCCCAGGAGAACAUAACCGGAAGAGCGUCCAGGAUCAAGUUCAGAGACAAGUGACUUGUCAGAGGCAAUGGAUUUAAACCUUGGGACUUGGAGACAGACACAGGAGUCUUGCUGCCACAUAGGCUGUGGAUUUGGGCACCUGCUGGAACGAGGAUAGGGACUGAGUCAGGUGCGCUCAAUGGACAGAAAUAGGUUUCCCUGGCCUUACGGAAGCUGCCAAGAGAAUAAGGACUGAAAGUAAAGGUCCUAAAACUAUUUCAUUGCUGCUGGCUGCUCUUCUCCCAAAAAGACUGAGUCUAGAGGGACCUGAUGCUUGGAGAACAGUGGGGAGGAACCUGCAGCAAGGUCAAGCUCUACAAGUGGUUUCAGUAUCUGGAAGUCAACCCUGCUCGACUCUCUUUGAUGAGGCACAUUUUGCUAGUGUGUGAGAAACAAAAGCUAUAUGAAGUUGGAAAUAUUCCAAAGAAUGUUUUAUGUGAAAAAUCUAGCCAGAUGCUAAGGCAGACAGUAAGAAAAGUAUCCAGUCGAAUUCUUCCAGCAGGUGACCCCCAAGCAGUUCCUGCUCGCGGACCUCAGCAAGCUCUGACACUCAACAGCCAGAAGGUCAUACAGAAUGCAUUAUGUAAGGCCGCCUGAGGGAGCAGCCCUUGGGGCAGACCCGGCCCUGUGGGACUGUCCUUUGCUGUCUAAUACAUCGGACUUCUUCCACUCUACUCUGAGUCCUGUUGCUCCUUACUGACGCCUGUGGCAACUGGCUCCAUUCUUUGGAAGCCAAAUGUCCAAGGACUCAUUCGGGCAGGUUUGUGACAGAACUGUAAGAGGGCAGUCCCCGGGAAAAGAGAAGGCACCAGGUCCCCUGCCCCUCUCAAGGGAGGGUAGAGCUGAGCUGGGAGAAGUUGGAGAGGAGAGCAAGAAGGUGACCUGAGGGACACAAGGGGCAGAGAGACGUGACGAAGCUGCACUUGCUUGUUAGCCCCGGGCUGGUUGAAGCGUGGGUGAGGGCCCUGUGGGGAGGUGGGCGGUGGCAGCUUUUGUCUUGAUCUUGGUUUUGCUCUUUUCCUCCCAGAUGUGUCUGGUCCCUUCUGCGCCUGAAAGGGUCCACAUCAGAAGGUGCCGUAGGUUUGUGGCGGCUUUCAGGCCCCUCUGGGCCAGCCGUGUUUGGCUGGGCAUUUACCCACAGGGGGAUGGGUAACUUCAGUGCCUGAUUUGGAAACUAUUCGUUGUCUUUUCCUUGUUGUGCAGUUGUAUUAAAGUUUCUUUCCACUAAAGGUCUUACGCAUUGGAGUAUGCUUUGUCCUGCUGUAGCAGGUGGCAGAACCUAUUUUGAAGUGGCAGGCGUGGGGCUUCUGUGGUUCCCUCGCCGGCCCUGUGGUGAAACCUUCCCUGGUUUCAAUACUACAAGUAUAAUCAUCUAUUAUGAUGUGUAUGGAAUCUUCCUCUAAGAGACUACUAAAAGUGUCAGCAUUUUUCAGUGACCUUGACCUGGAAAUGUCCUGAUGGGAUCUAAGUAGCUUUGUUACCUGUUCGUGUGUGUUUGCUUUCCUUUGUGUCUCUGCAGGCCCUGUACUAAAGCAUCUUACCUCCAUCACUGUUGCUGGCAUCUUCCGGUCCUUACCUUCAGCCAGGAGGUCUGUGAAAAGCUUAUCUUCAAGAAAACAUUCUUACCUAGGUUUGUUGAGUGGCCAAAGAAGCUGGUGUACAAGGUGACCUAUCUGGUGACCUGGGUUAACAGGAAAUGUGCAACCUUGUGUUUGCAUUUCCAAGGGAGCUGGAUUUUUUUGU